UCUUUGGCUGAAGAGGAAGAAGUUCUUCAAUGGCUAAUUACUCAAAAAACAGAAGAUCGCAUCGAGCUUAUAACCAGAGUAAUGUUAGAGAAAAUGGUAGAAGAGACACAAUAUCUAGCAGUUUAUUUUUACAAAUUAAAUUGCCACAUUUGCGAUCACAUACUUGAGGAAUUGGAAAAGAUUGACGACGAAUGUGAUGUAUAUGGUAUUCACAUGGUUAAGAUACAAGAUCCACAGCUUGCGAAGAGAUACUCUAUAAAGACUUUCCCAGCAAUGGUUUACUUUAGGAAUGGCAAUCCUCUUCUCUUCGAAGGUGACUUGCAAAAUGAAGAAUCUAUACUAGAAUGGCUGAUUGAUGAUGACAAUCGUGAAUUAGCUGAUGAAAUUGAAUCGGUUAAUGAUCGAAUGCUUGAGAGACUGCUUUACGAAUCACAUUUACUUGCAGUAUUUUUCUAUGACGAGGAGGACUGUCCAGAAUGUCAAGAUAUUCUCGAGUCUCUCGAACAGAUCGAUGGAGAAGUUGACCAGUUUGGUAUAGAUUUUGUUAAAAUAGCUAGUCCUGAAUCAGCUGCCAAAUAUAACAUAAUUAAUAUACCUUCGCUUGUGUACUUUCGAAAACAAACACCAAUGUUCUACGACGGCGAUCUCCAUCAAGUGGAUAGAGUUCUCCAAUGGUUAACAUCUCAAGAAGUUUUUGAACUAAAAAAUGAAAUUGAGGAAGUUAAUCGUAAAAUGUUGGAUAAAUUACUGGAGGAAAACGAAUUCCUCGCUGUUUAUUUUUAUGAGAAUACAGCUGAGAGUCGCGCAGUUUUAGACAAACUGGAAAAAAUUGACAGUGAGACCGAUAAUUUGGACAUAACAUUUGUUAAAAUGCAUGAUCCUCGAUACGCCCGCAAAUGGGGUGUCACUAAAUUACCAGCUAUUGUUUACUUUAGGAAACGCUUCCCCAGUAUAUAUAGAGGUGACGUGAUGGAAGAAAAUGAGGUAUUAGAAUGGCUGCGAAAGAACAGAUUCAGGCAGCCCGAGCUGAAUAUAUUCAUGUACGCAUUGAUAGCUCUAUCAAUAGCGUUCGUUAUGUACACCGCGUUUUUGCUUCAAUGCUUUAAACCCCUCGCGUCAACGACAACACAGCAUCCGAAGCAAGCGUGAUUUAUUUUUACAGGUUUUAGACCUUAAACUUUCGACUGUAACAAAAGCCUUUGGCUUAAAAUAUAUUUCGACAUCCACCUAUAUACAAAGAUUUUAUUCCAGUAUUCUAACUUAAAGUAACAACGUUGUAUUCAUAAUUUUGACGCGGUUUUGUUUCGGUGAUUUUUUCUUAUUCUAUAAAAUAUGUUAACCUUGUUUUCUGAUGUGAUCAGUUAUGAACAAUUUUAUGCUGUACCACAGAGUGGUCAGUUAAUACUAAGUCAAUGAAUAUUCAGACUAACAAUAAUAUGGGAUCAAACUUUAUUUUACAUUAAUAGGUUUUAGAAUUAAAUGCUUUGUUACUUAAUUUAAACACCUCUAUCGUGGGAAAUAAUUCAAAACACGAACAUUAAAGUUUUUCAUUUAAUUAUAAUCAUUUAUCUACUUAUUCUGCCUCCUCUGCUCUAACAGAAAUUAUACGGCAUUUUUAUUUCACUUAAGACUGUAUAAUUUUUUACUUGGUGCCAAUUUUUUCGUUGUGUGCAACACUAAGUACUUCCUUCUUAUUAUAAUAUGCAUGUGGUUUUCUAUUUUAUUGUUGUCAUGUUUAUUCGUUGAAAGACGGUAUUAAACUUCAUUCUCGUUAUAUUUUUAUCCAUGGAUUUAAUUUAAUCGAGAAACUUGAUGUCUCAUUAUUUAAUUCAUUUGAAUGUCUUUGCGCUAAAUCUUCUUUUUUAACAGAUUCCAGGUUUUAGCCUUUUUGUUGAUGUUAUUUAAUUUUGUACAGUAAUAUAUUGUUGUUUUUAACUUUUCAAGUUGAUUGUAUUUCGAGAAGAUUUUUUUUUAAUAUUUUAGAUUUAUCGAUGCUAAAAUAAAAAAACUAAUCAUUUAUUCUCUGCCAUUCCCUCUAGAACUUUAUCGAUGUCGAUAUAUGGUCCAGUUACGAUUCGAUAUAAUAUUAUUUAAAUCAAGAAACUAUGGACAUUUAUGUUUCUAAAAGACAAAAAAGGGGAAAAUUAAAAACACUUGAUCUGUAACUGGAUUUUGUGCACAGGUUAUGUAUUCUAGAUUUAACCUUUCUUCAAAUAUUACAGCGAGGGCUGUAAAUGCAAAAUGUAACGAAUACGUUAUGCUCAAAAGAGUAACGCGCGCAGUGGAGCCAGCGUGUGUGAAAUUGAUAAAACUUGUAUAUAAAAUGUAAAUAUUUAAAAUAAAAAUAGUAAAAUUUA